AUGUUAUGGGAUGGGAUGCAGGCAUUUAAGUGUGAAGCUUUCUUGAUCGAAAAGGAGCUUGAUGUUUAUCGAGCACAUCCCUCAUUGGGAAUGUCGAUAGUGGAAGUUAUAGCUGAGAUUGCCAUCGAGAUGGAUAAGAAGAAAUUCAAAUCGACCGUAUUGCCUCUGCUGAAAAGUUAUCUGGACACUGCUAUCACCAGAACCUCUGUCGAGUUUCUCUAUCUCGCCUUACUUCUCAAAGAUAGGUUUCCUUCGUAUAUGUCUAAUUCUGUGAGCUUUAUUCAAAAGGAUGGCUCCUGCGACUUUACUGCAAAUGAUUUCACAUUUUUAUUAUUAAUUGUAAAGAAAUGUGACAGUACAGCAUUAGCACCGUUGCUGAAUACGCUUUUGGCUUCCUCUCGUGCUUCCGGACAAUUUAGUGAUGUUUACAGCAAUGUGGUUGAGAAGUGGUGCACUUCGGGCGAUGAAUCGAAGGUACUCGAAAGAAUUUUCAAUACAGUAAAGUUAACACUUUCAACAGGAGAUGCGACAUAUAAAGAUAUACUGGCAGUAUUUUCGCCAGCUCUACUUAAAGGAAUCGUUCAAGUAGCGCGUGGAAAACAAACCCCUCAGCAGAGAGUUCUACAUAGAAAGAUAGCCGAUUUCUGUAAAUUUACUGAGGAAGUUCUGAGCGCUGUGAAGGAUGAUUCAGAGUUAAUAGAAGUGAUCAAUGCUCUCGAUACAGCUGAGAGUUUCGAUUCGCUAACUGGUAGCAAUUUGAUUGAUCAUCUGGUUGGCCGUCUUAGCCAUGAAGGAGUGGCGAAGUGGAUACAGACAGCCAAUAAGCCAUGGUCUUUUCGACAUAUAUGUGCUGCUUUCCCGCACUGGAGUAACGAAGCAAAGGUGGAAGCUUUGACAAAUUUGCUGCAACGACCAAGAGCCCAAGAAGUUCAGUACGCUGUUGGGAACUGCAUUGACUCAAUGUUUAAGAUGAAGGUACGCGCUGGAGAAUUGGUGAAUGUAUCGAUGGGCGAAGGAGGUGAAGAUGCUCUAAAGCAAACGGCCAUUACGAUAUUCGGGAAGGACGUUUUGAAAAGUGGAUUGAAGAAGAUGAAAAGUUGUGAAUACGCGAAAAGUGCUCUACAAAUCUUUUGGAUUUGCUUGAAGCUGUGGUCAAAAAUGGCAUCGUCAGAUGAAAUGUCUGAAGGAUACGCGAGCAACGCCGAAGAGCUGUUCAUGAUAGCUCAAGGAGACGAAGACAGUCUCAAGGUUCUGCUUGAUCUAUUGCUGGGCAUACUCAGUCAACCAAUGAAGUAUCAUCGCACAGUGGUUUACUAUGUAUUCGUUCAGCUAUUGCCUCAUUUUAAGAAACAACAUACAAUGAUGAUGAACGAUGACGAGUUGGCGGAUGAUGAAGGUAGCGAAGGUGAUUCGUCCAGUGAUGAAGAUGAAGAGAUGGAGGACAAUGACGAUGCUCCUGUAGAAUCGGAAUCUGAUAGCGAUGAAGAGGAGGUCGAGCCCGAGGCGCUGAGUCGUCUAGAAAGUGCUUUGGGAAAGGCGGCUGUUAAGAGGAAGGGCGAUGCG